AUGCUUAGCAAAAUGGGAAAAGAGGUAACAAAGAUGGUGAAUGGUGGAGUUGAGUCAAAGUCACGCAAGGGCCUUCCCGAUUUCCUCCGAUCUGUGAAUUUGAAAUACAUCUCGAAAAGCCACUUCAUCGAGCUGGCAAUGAAGUCUGGUAACUUCAACGAGACUUCCAUCGAGCUUCAAAGAAAACUGCUGGACCAAUCAGGCAUAGGAGAGGAAAGCUACAUGCCAAGAGUUGUGUUCAAGCCUGGUCACAAGAUCAAUCUUCGCGAUGGCCGUGAAGAAGCAGCAAUGGUGAUCUUUGGAGCGAUUGAUGAACUUCUUGCAGCGACUAAAAUCAACGUGAAGCAUGUCAAGAUCCUCGUGCUAAACUGUGGAGUCCUCAACACUACGCCUUCUCUAUCAGCCAUGGUGAUUAACCAUUACAAGCUGAGGCAUAACACAGAGAGCUACAAUCUUGGUGGUAUGGGAUGUGGCGCUGGAAUCAUAGCCAUUGAUUUAGCCAAAGAUCUUUUGAAUGCUCAUCAAGGCUCUUACGCUUUGGUGGUGAGUACAGAGAUUGUGAGCUUCACUUGGUACUCGGGCAAUGACACCAUGUUGCUCCCACCAAAUUGUUCGUUUCGGAUGGGAGCAGCUGCAAUUAUGCUCUCUAGUCGGCGUAUCGAUAGAUGGCGAUCCAAAUACCAACUUAUGCAGCUAGUAAGAACCCAUAAAGGAAUGGAGGACACAAGUUACAAGAGCAUGGAGUUAAGAGAAGACAGAGACGGGAAGCAAGGACUGUAUGUAUCUAAAGACAUAAUGGAAGUUACUCGCCGUGCACUCAAAGCAAACAUUACAACGCUGGGCCGUCUUGAGCCGUCUUUUGAACAUAUAUGCGUAUUGGCAUCGAGCAAGACAGUACUUGAUGAGAUUCAGAAGGAUCUCAAGUUGACGGAAGAGAAAAUGGAGGCGUCGAGGCGGACACUGGAACGUUUUGGGAAUACAUCAAGCAGCAGUAUAUGGUACGAGCUGGCUUACUUAGAACACAAGGCGAAGAUGAAAAGAGGAGAUAAAGUUUGGCAGAUCGGUUUCGGGUCAGGGUUUAAAUGCAAUAGUGUUGUAUGGAAAGCCCUAAGAAACAUUAACCCUCCAAGACACAAUAGCCCAUGGAAUCUCUAA